AUGCAUCAUCUGAAGAAAUCUCUGACUAGGAAAGCUGAUAUCUCUACAAAUAAUAGUGAUGGUGAAAAUCGAUUGCUAAAAUCUCAGGAAGCUACCAGUUCAGGCAGUAAAGUAAAUGAGGUUUCUCUCCUUCAAAGUAAUAGACCAAUGUCAAGUUGUAGCCAGAAGGCCAAAUACUCGUUCAUUUGUGAAUGCUUCUUCAUGACUGCCAAGCCUCCAACAGAGAUUGUUCCAUGGGUGAAACAGGGAGAUAAUCCAACAUUUGGGUUCUUGAUGCCUGACAAUCAUCUUUAUGCCAACUUCAGAUAUCUUGUUGACCAUCCAGAACUUUUGAAUUUUGACAUUGAUGGAAACUCUCAAAAUGAGAGGGAAAAAGCUGGCAGUGAGCACAAUGAUCUCGACCGCCUUGGAGGUUGA